ACAGUGUUUCCGGCUCUUCUCAGUUGAAGACACUCGUAAGUUUUCGGCAGUUUCCGGGAAAUCUCGGGGAAUCCGUGGGUUGGUGGCGCUGUUCGACCGCUGGGUUCGGUGGUGCAGGGUCUCCAGCUAGUCAUGGCGUCCCCAUCUCGGAGACUACAGACUAAACCAGUCAUUACGUGUUUCAAAAGCGUUCUCUUGAUCUACACUUUCAUCUUUUGGAUCACUGGUGUUAUCCUCCUUGCUGUUGGAAUUUGGGGCAAGGUGAGCCUGGAAAAUUAUUUUUCCCUCUUAAACGAGAAAGCCACCAAUGUCCCCUUUGUGCUUAUUGGCACUGGUACUGUCAUCAUACUUCUGGGGACCUUCGGUUGUUUUGCCACCUGUAGUGCUUCUGCAUGGAUGCUGAAACUGUAUGCUAUGUUUCUGACUCUCAUAUUUUUGGUGGAGUUAGUUGCUGCCAUAGUAGGAUUUGUUUUCAGACAUGAGAUUAAGAACAGCUUUAAGAGUAAUUAUGAGAAAGCUUUGAAGUAUUACAACUUGACCAGAGACUAUAGAAGUGAAGCAGUAGACAAGAUCCAAAAUACAUUACAUUGCUGCGGUGUCACCAACUAUAGGGAUUGGAAAGAUAGUAAUUAUUACACAGAAAUAGGAUUUCCCACGAGUUGCUGUAAAGUUGAAGACUGUUCACCACAAAAGGAUGCAAAUGAAGUAAACCAUGAAGGCUGUUUUAUAAAAGUGAUGACGAUUAUAGAAUCUGAAAUGGGAGUUGUAGCUGGAAUUUCCUUCGGAGUAGCUUGCUUUCAACUAAUUGGAAUCUUUUUGGCCUAUUACCUUUCUCAUGCUAUAACAAAUAACCAGUAUGAGAUAGUGUAAUAAGAAUUCAGACGGGGGCUUAUUCAUUUCCAACCUAAAGGAUAUUUAGGUUCUUCCUAAGUGAAUUACAAAAUUGCCUGGCUGAAAAGAGACAACACUAAUUAUCAAUAGGCUGAAAAUCAACACCAUAGACUGCUGCAAUCAAGAUAUUUGUUCACUUGUGUUUUAAGCUUUGUUCUAUUCAUGUUAGAGCAUUGAAACCCUGCAUCUCUCUGAAACUUUGGAAGAGCUAAGCUAGUAAAUUGUAAAUGAGAUAGUGCUGUGUUUCCCUUGCUGUGAGUUUGCUAGUUUGUUAUUGAUAGAAACUUAAUCUGUCCAAAUUUGCUAUUGAUAUAGUGUAAUAGAAAACUGAACCAGCCAAGAUUAUCGAGUUUGAUUGUAUCAUUUGCAUCAAGAAGGGAAAAUAUUUCAUUAUUGUCAGUUCUUCUGAAAAGCAGAGAGUCACAUAGUAUAAUUUAAUUCUAGCUAGUUGUUGGAUGGAACCUAUCAUUGGAGUUCCUGGGUAGUGGUAGCACUGUAAAACUUUGGGUCUAAAGUACUAAGACUAAAGGUAUUACCAAUGUUCUGUGACACAUCAUGUGUCAACACAUAAUUUACAAUUCUUUGCUUCCAAACUAAGGCACUUAUGUUGAUGUUGAUAUUUUUCCCUAUUGUUUGCAAGAGUUGGAUGACUGCUUUAAAACUUAGAAUUACUGCAUUUCCUUAGAAAUUUAAUAACAUUUAUUUUCCUUAACUAA